AUGGACCCGGCCAUCGCCGCCCUGCUCGAAAAGAGCGCCGCCGACGGCAUCCCCUUCCGAGCGCGCGCCAACCACGUCGUCGACCUCGCCCGCCGGCACCGCCGCCGCCUCGUCACCGUCGGCUGCGGCCACUCGGCCUUCCACAUCACCUGCACCUCAAGCUGGCAGCUCAACCUCGACCACUACGCUCGCGUUCUCUCCACCGACGCCUCCACCGGCCUCGCCGUCGUCCAGAGCGGCAUCCGCCUGCACUCCCUGUGCGACGAGCUCGACCGGAGGGGUCUGGCCAUGCCGAACCUCGGCAGCAUUAACCAGUAG